AUGGAUAGGUGGUUAGCAACAGCGAGAACUAAAAGAAAAGAGAUUCCAGAGGCUGAGGGCGAGUCUACAAGUGAUCAUCACCCUGCCAAACAGAAAAGAAAAUGCCUAAGAAAAUACAGUGAUGAGUACCUGGGUCUUGGAUUUUAUUGGACUGGCUCAGAGGCUGAACAACUCCCGCUGUGUCUGGUAUGCUCCGAAACACUUUCGAAUGAAGCCUUGAAGCCCUGUAAACUGCGCUGUCACCUCCAGACAAAGCAUGGGGAGUACGCGAACAAGCCACUACAGUUCUUUAAGAACAAGCUCAAAGAAUACCAGAGCAAGAGAAAAAUAAUGGAAGGUACUGCCAGGGGCAGUGACAAUGCAAAGGCUGUGGAAGCAUCAUAUCUGGUCUCUGAGCUCAUCGCUAAGACGGGAAAACCACACACUGAUGGAGAGAACUUGAUUCUUCCAGCUACUAAAAAGAUAGUUGAGGUGAUGUUGGGAGAGAAAGCAGUGCAGCCGAUCAAACUCCUUUCACUGUCGGAUAACACUGUCAAGCGCAGAAUUGAUGACAUGGCAGACAAUGUGCUAAAUCAGCUGAUAGAGAACAUAAAAGGGAGCCGUUUUUAUGCCAUCCAACUGGACGAAUCAACUGACAUUGCCAACGUAUCAAAUCUGCUUGCCUACAUCCGAUACGAAAAGAAUGGCGAAAUAAAGGAAGACCUUUUGUUUUGUAGACCUCUGCCAACCCGUUCAACUACUGAGGCAAUUUUUGACAUUUUGAAUUCUUUCAUAGUUUCCAAUGGUAUUGAAUGGUCCAAAUGUGUUGGGGUGAGCACUGAUGGAGCGCAUGCAAUGCUGGGCCAGCACAGCAGAGUUGUCAGUUGUGUAAAAGUGGUGGCCCCUCAAGCGAGCUCUGUCCACUGCAGUAUACACCGCGAAGCACUGGCUGCAAAGAAAAUGCCCCUGAAUCUGAAGACUGUUUUAGACCAGGCAGUCAAAGCCGUUAACUUCAUCAAAAGCCGUCCACUGCAAACACGUUUAUUUUCCAUGCUGUGUGGAGAGAUGGGCAGUGAUCACCAGCAGCUGUUGUUACACACAGAAGUGCGAUGGCUCUCGAGGGGAAAGGUGCUGACGUGCCUUUUCGAGCUGCGGGAUGAAGUGCGCGUGUUUUUUCUCGACUCAAAGUUUGAACUCGUACACUGCUUCAGUGAUUUUGAAUGGCUAGCUAAAUUGGGUUAUCUCGCCAACAUUUUCAGCCACUUAAAUGCUUUGAAUCUAGCUCUUCAGGGAUCCGUUGUUAACAUGUUCAAGGUCCAGCACAAAGUGGAGGGAGCGAUAAGAAAACUCGCGCAGUGGGAUAAGCGUGUCGACCAGUCAAAUUAUGACUCCUUUGAAAACAUGUCAGAUUUUUUGACAAAGGAAGAGAGGCAGCUUCCCAUCCAUGUGACUAACGCAAUCAAAGAGCACCUCCAGGGUUUGAAAACACAGCUGCGCGAAUACUUCCCUCCCCUCGAUGCGCAAUGCAGUUGGAUCGAAAAUCCAUUCGGCGUUCACAGUGACGAGGCCAUUGCUGCCCUGAGCGCAAAAGAGCAAGACAGUCUUCUGGAUCUCUCCUGCGACACCGCAUUGAAGCUGGUCUUCUCACAGAAGCACCUGAUAAACUUUUGGCUUCAUGUUGCUUCUGAGUAUCCCGAUCUGGCCGACAGAGCUGUGAGAUUUCUGAUGCCUUUUCCGACGACGUACCUAUGUGAGUGCGGGUUUUCUGCACUAGUGGCGCUGAAGACAAAACACUGGCAUUGGCUGACUCCGGCUCUGGUGCUGGCACUGGUUCUGGAGCAGACACUGACUCUAACUCUGACACUGGCACUGGAGCUGACUCUGACUCUGACUCUGCCACUAGUUCAGGAGCUGGUGCUGGCUCUGACACUGGAACAGAUGCUGGUGUUGGCGUUGGCUCUGGAACAGAUGCUGGUGCUGGCUCUGGAACAGAUGCUGGCACUGGCUCUGACAGUGGAACUGGCACUGACAUUGGCACUGGAGCUGGCUCUGACUCAGAUUCUGGCUCUGACGCUGGAGCUGGCACUGACAUUGGCACUGGAGCUGGCCAUGGUUCAGGCAUGGGUUCUGAUGCAGACUCUGGUUCAGGCAUUGAUUCAGGUGCUGGCUCUGGCUGAGAAACCAGCUCUGGAAAGACAGCCUCUAAGAGGGGCUCUGGAACAACAGCCUCCUCUGUUGUCUCUGCAUCAGCCACUGGAGGGAGCUCUGGAGCAAUGGCCUCCUCUAUUGCCACUGCAUUGGCCAUAG